AUGUUGGAGGGGGCCAUGGAUAACCAACCAACUUCCGUGGUGAUGCGAGCCAUUUCCACGGCCUGGGAAAACUGUGUGCUUCUUGCAGGACGUUUUUUGAGAAUUCAGAAGGAAGUGAUACAUUUUGAUGAUACAAAUUCUGAAAUCAACGUUCGAGAAAUUUCAGGGUUUGGUCAAUUUGAUAUAAGUAGAUGUCUUAAAGACUAUUUUUUGGAAUUUCUAAAUCUUCCGCCUUCCGAUAAGGGAAUGGAAGACUCCCUUGGAAACAUGGAUUUUAAAGUAGCUGGAAGUGUCCGUGGAUUCAAUUCUAUGCAGAUGUCUGAUAAAAAAGUAAAACGACGUAUAUAUUCGGAUGAAUACCUAAAGUUUGGAGUGAUACCCUACGACCAUAACAAUUCACUUCCAAUGUGUCUUAUGUGUAAAAAGGUCUUUACAAAUGAAGGAAUGAAGCCUUCAAGAAUGCUAAAUCAUCUUAAGAUUUGUCAUCCUGACAAACUUGAUGCGGAUAUCAAUUAUUUUUCUAAUCUGAAAUAUAAUUAUGAAAAUCGUCUUAUGAUUAAUCAACUAUUUACAAAAAAUUCGAAGAUGCUUGAAAAAGGCCUAUUAGCAUCAUACAAAAUAUCGCAAUUGAUAGCGAAAUCAGGAAAACCUCAUACUAUUGGAGAGUCAUUAAUAUUACCAGCUAUCAAAGAAGUGUUAAAUUCAAUGGUUGAUUGUGAUUCUGAACAAAUAAUUUCAUCAAUUCCUUUGAGUAAUAGUUCUGUUUCUUCCAGAAUUGAUGAAAUGGCAUUUGAUAUCGAAGAAACCCUAUGUGCAUUUUUAAGAACAACAAAAUUUUCAAUUCAGAUUGAUGAAUCGACAUUCAACGAUAGUGUUGCACUUUUAUUAGUUUACGUACGUUAUAUUAAUCAAAAUGAUGUAAUUCAAGAAGAAUUUUUAUUUUCUGAACACCUUGAACUCGAUACAAGAGGAUUAACAAUUUUCAAAACUGUUGAACAAUAUUUUUUGAAACAUGAAAUACCCCUUAGCAAUAUUUUUGCUUGUUCAACAGAUGGGGCACCUGCGAUGGUUGGAGUUCAUCGUGGGUUUUUGGCAUAUAUGAAGGAAAAAGUACCGAAUAUUUUUACAAUCCAUUGCGUCAUUCACAGACAGCAUUUAGCUGCGAAAAAUUUAAGUGAGAGGCUGAAUGAAUCACUAAAUGUUGUCAUAUGUGCAAUAAAUCGUAUUAAAAUGCACCCAUUGAAUUCGAGAAUAUUUCGACAUAUUUGUGAACAAAACGAUGAGCAUUAUGAACGACUUCUUUUGCAUACCCAUGUCGAAAAAUUAACGGAUUCUGACUGUGAAUGCUUUUGCUUGCAUCUAAAAAUGUUAAAAGAUGACAUGAAAAUCCGCUUUGAAGAUUUAGAAAAUUUAAAAUUUUUUGAUUGGUAUAUAAAUCCAUUUGAAACUGAAAACGUUAAUUUAUCUCAAGAAAUAACAGAAAAUUUAUUAAAUCUGAAAUAUGACUUUGAAGCUAAAGUCAUUUUCAACAAAUAUGGAUAUCAACAAUUCUGGAUGCCUAAAAUGAAAAUUGAUCACGAAAAAAAACUCGAAAUAGCCCAAUAUAUUAAACGGAACCAGCUUUCAGAGCGCAGAAUUGCGGAAAUUUUCAAAGUUAGCAGGGCUACAAUUUCACGUAUAAAAAAAGAUUUCCCUUUUCUUGAUAAUGGAACUAUUUAUUCUGAUUUAUCCGAGCAAACUAGUGAUUCUGAAAAGCUUAAAAAUCUCGAUCUUUAA